AUGUUCUUCAAGUCGGUGCUCGCUAGCAGCAUGCUGGCCUUGUCCGCUCUUGCACAGAACUCGACAAUCACCGGUGCAGCCAACACCACAGCAACAGGUGGCAUCGCCCCCAUUGGGCAGCCACCAGUGACAAGCACCUUGACCACCACUGUCAUCAAUGGUGUCACAGUCACUGCCCCUGCAUCGCCCGUUCAGACAGUCUUCUUGAACGGCAUCACUGUCAAUAUUCAAAUCAUCGCUGGUGUCACUUUUGUCAACGGCGUUGCUCAGGUUGCUGUCAACCCCAAUGCAGGCGCCAACCCACUCGCCGUGACAACCAUCUACAGGACCGUCACUGGCACAACCACAGUUUUCAACAACGUCUGUGCUUGCCCCGCUGGAACACCCGUUUUUGGUGGUGCCGGCUCUGGUGCUGCUCCUGGUAGCGGCUCACCUGGUGCUGGUGUUGUUGCGCCUGGUUCCGGCGCUGGUGUUGCGCCUGGUUCUGGUGCCGCUCCUGGUUCUGGUGCCGCUCCUGGCUCUGGCUCUGGCAUUGCACCUGGCUCUGUGUCACCUGUUCCUGGUGCAGGCCUUAUCCCGGCUGGUGCAAACAACAUUGUUGUUGUUGCCCCUGGCGUGUACUCUUUCACAGUCACUGUUGUGGUGGUCAUCCCAGCGUCAGUCUUCACGACUGUUGUUGCAGGUGUUACCCGCACAGUCACUGUAGAGGUGCCUCGCACUGUGACUAGCACGGUCACCUCCACCACAACAGCUCCUGCUGCUACUGGCGGUAACGGCAUUGCUCCUGUGCCUGGAUCACCCAGCCAGUCCGGUGUCUUCAGCAACGGUACCGUUUCAACCCUCCCUAUCUCUGUUGGCGUAUCAUCUACCCUGCCGGUCCCUGUUUCCUCAACUCUGCCUAGCGGUGUCUUGCCCUCUGUUGGCCCUACGAUCACGCCCAUUUCUGGAGCCACAGUCGCCUCUGUGUCGACUCUGCCCUCCUCAGCUGGUGUCCCCGCUGUGACGCUUGUUCAACUCACUGCUGCUGGCACACCUAUCGUCUGCGUCGGCAACCAGCUGCAGAAGAAUGCCAACGCAGUCAGUGCCAGUGUCAUCACCAUUGACAGCGCAGGCAUCCUGACCUGCGGUGGUCAACAGGCUUACUUGGUCCAACAGCCGAACACCUCUCCAGCCGUUUACAAUGUGAUCCUUUCCAUUGGUGUACCACAGGGUGGUCAAGUUGGUUACUUCAGUAUUGUGAAUUCGAAUGGAAAUCCUACUCUCGUCGCUCAGACGUCCCCCUUCAUGCGUAAGCGGCAGGCGAACUUCCUGAACUUGGGUGUCGACGCCAACGGAUAUGUCAUCGCAGGUAUUCAAGUCCAACCUGCCCUUGACGCUCCUACUUUGCUGACUGCGGCGCCAACAACUGCAGUAGUCUCUACUGUAGCACCUGUCGCCACAUCCGAUGCGGCUGCUCCUACUACUGCUGCUGUGGUGCCAACCACGGACGCCGUUGUUCCUACAACUGAUGCUGUGGCACCUACCACAGAUGCCGUCGUUCCUACUACUGCUGUUAUUGUGCCAACAACUGACGCUGUUGUCCCUACAACUGCUGCUGUUGUACCCACGACUGAUGCUGUGGCACCUACCACUGAUGCCGUUGUUCCUACUACUGAUGCUGUGGCACCUACAACUGACGCUGUUGUCCCUACAACUGCUGCUGUUGUACCCACGACUGACGCUGUGGUUCCUACAACUGAUGCUGUCGUUUCUACAACUGCUGUUGUUGUACCCACGACGGACGCUGCCGUUCCUACAACUGAUGCUGUCGUUUCUACAACUGCUGUUGUACCCACGACUGACGCUGCCGUUCCUACCACUGCUGCUGUGGUGCCUACUACUGAGGCCGUUGUACCCACCACUGAUGCUGUCCUUUCCACAACUUCUGCCGUUGUGCCGACGACCGACGCUGCCGUCCCUACCACUACCGUCGUUGUGCCGACGACUGACGCUGUUGUUUCUACGACCGAUGCAGCUGUCUCAACAACUGCCGCCGCGACAACGACUUCGGAACCUGCUACAUCAACAACUGCUGAGUCGUUUGCUCAAUGCGCCACCACAUCUCCUCGUCCGUUCAAUAUCUUUGCCACGGACGCAAAUGGCUUCGAUAUUGAUGCUUACGUCGUGGCUAGCCCGGGCUUUUAUCUGCAGACUCGAGUUCAAGAUGGUACAACCACAGAUGACCCAUCGUUCCGCUUCAAUCCCUGCGCAGGUCAGAUCGCAGACGAUAACAGCUUGGCACUCGGCUACAACACAAACGAUGCUAACACCGCCGACGGUUCCCGCAUUGCAGACAACAACUAUUGGUUCCCAGAAGAGCAGCCCUUCGUUAAGUACGCAAUCACCCAGUCGGGUGAUAACUUCAAUUUCGGUGCCGAUGUCAAGCUUUACUACAGCGCGGAUGGCAUAUACCGAGUCUUCGCCAACUCCGUCACUGUCGACGAGACCUUGUAUACACCUCUCACCACGUUCUUAUUCCGGGAUCCCGUUAAUAACCCGCGAACUUGCUCGUACUGCACAUGA